CUCAUCAGCACAGGUAUAGAUCAAGUUCGAUCCCCCCUGGCCCUUGUGCCCUUGAGUCUCAGCAUGGUAGCGACUGCCUUAUUUGUAUACUGGAUGCACUCUCGGGUCAAAAGAAACCGGGUGGCCCUGAUUCCAAAUGGGCUUUGGAAGAAUCUGUCUUUUACCAGCAUCUGCAUCACUGUUGCAUUAUCCUUUGCUGUGUUAAACUCUCUGGAUCUCGUGACGAGUCUUUAUUUCCAAGAAAUCGAGCAUCUCUCGGCUCUUGAAGCGGCUAUCCGCAUGCUUCCAAGCACUGUGGUUGGCCUCGCUCUCAAUAUCACAACGGGUCUUGUGGUCCACAAGAUCCGUGCGAAUUGGCUCGUCGCUUUCGCGUCGCUCAUAUCUGCUGGCUCUCCCCUUCUUAUGGCUGUCAUCCAGCCGGACUGGCCUUACUGGAAGUGCGCUUUCCCUGCACAGAUCCUGAUGCCUUUCUCUAUCGAUGUUCUUUUCACAAUCGGUCUCAUAAUUAUCACCGAGGUUUUUACUGAGGAACAACAUGCAGUCGCUGGUGCUGUUUUUAACACGGCUGCGCAGCUCGGUAACACAAUGGGACUGGCUCUCAUGCAAGUCAUCUCAACCUGGGUCACAAAACAACAGGAGACAGCGAAACCUUUUACAAAAGCCCUCAUGGAGGGUUACAGAGCGACCUUCUGGGCCAUGUUGGCUCUCUUGCUGGUCUGUAGCAUUGUCGGAGCGAUCGGACUUCGACGGGCAGGCAAAGUUGGGUUGAGGCAUUGUUAA